UCUCCACUCAACUUUGUUCUUAAAAAAUACAGUAGCUAAUUGAUUUUAGAAAAGAUCAAAACUAGUGUUUCUUCCCCAAGCCCUGUACCUUCCAAUUCCUUUGUCAAUAUGGCCAGGUAUUACAACUCUUCCUACUAUGAUUACCUCCAAUACCUCUCAUUUCCGAUCCACUUCCUCUUCUUUCUUGUUGUACUCUUCCUGUUCUUGACUUUUACAUGGUACAUAAACUAUGAGUCCAUGUGUGAAGACUUUAUGGAUCAGCUCAAGUUAAUUCUCAUAAUCUCUCCUGUGGUACUACUACUUGUUGUGCACUGGUUAUCAAGCAAAGACCGGGAUCGCGUUCCGUUCAUCAUCUCUUUGCCGGAGAAAGAUUCGCUUCAUAGAGCUGGAGGCUCUCCAUGGGGUGUUGCAUUUCUGCUUGUGUUUCUUCUCCUCGUGAUCUCUCACCACAAUUCCUUACAUGAACGCUGGUUUCCUUUACUAAGUAGGCGAUGAGAAAAAGUACGCAUUUAUGCAGGUGAUAGAAGUAAUUAAUGUAGUUGUGACAACCCACUUUACUUUUGUUUUGUUUUUAUUUUGAAGCACUCUCGACUCAUGUUGUGAGACAAAUCUCCGUUUCAUGUAAUAACAGGCCAAUCACACGCACUAAAGCUUAGUACUUUUUGAUUUGUACACAAGAUUUGUUAUAUUUUGUCAUCUUUAGUUUUUCUGGUUUUUUUUUUGGGGUUUUUGGAACAAUUCAUCUC